AUGCCUACGAGGUGGCUGUGCUCAUUGAACGUCCUUUCGGACCUUUCCCAACCUGAGUCUACCAGCUUAUCGCCAACCAACAUGGUCCUACCUACGGGACUCCUCCUAGUCGCUCCUUUCUCCCCGUAUCUGUUCAACGGAAACCCAUGUGUCUCUGAUAACUUUUAUGGAAAUUACCGAGAUGGUGAGGUCUUGUACAGCGUUAUAGCCUUGUCUGCCUCGACCAGUUCAAGCUGCCUCGCGGACUAUCGGUGGGCGUCACAUAUGACCUCUGCAUUCUACAACGAGCGUCCAGAACCAGGAAACCAACUUGUUUGGCUAGAGAAAAAUGCCAUAGACGACAAGCUUCAGGUCAACGCAGCACACGACAGUGCCAUUCUGGAAAACUUGUUGCUUUCUUUGGAAGCACCCCACACACAUGAACAUCAACAGCACCUUUCGCCCAUAGACCACAGACGCCCACCAUUCAAACUUCAUUUCCGCACAACUCGAGCAGCUCUCGUCUCACUGGACGCAGAGAGAGCGAAAUCUAUCGAUACUAUGUUGCCUAUCUACUGGAAGUCGACCCUACUUCCCACAGCCCCUGUGGACUAUGUGCCCGUCCCUCGCGCCGCAGUCGAACCGGUGAAACAACUACUGGCAAACUUGAAAUUUGACCCACUUGUUGCAUCUGUUGUGAACAAUAUCUCUAUUUCGCAAAUCAAGAAUGAUAUUCGUUUCUUGACCGGUGAAGAUGAGAAGUCCGGCAUCGUUUCUCGACACUCCUUUUCAGAGGGCGCGCUGACAGCGGCACACUGGUUGAAAGAUCGCGUCGCGGAAACUGGCGCGAGCUGCAAACUCGUUCCAUUUCUGUCUGGAUUUGCGCCCAACGUUAUUUGCGGACAUUACGAUAGCCGGGGGUCGUUUGGAAGCGUUCGUGCGCCUGGGGGUGACGAUGAUGGAUCCGGUACCACUGGAGUCCUGUCUAUUGCCAGGACGAUCAAGCGUAAAGGUGUCAAAUUCCAUAGUAAUGUGGAACUCGCGUUCUUUGCAGGAGAAGAACAAGGCUUGCUUGGAUCGCGAGCAUAUGCCCGUGAAUUGCGGGCUGCUGGAACAAAUUUAACAUUGAUGGUUCAAGCCGACAUGACUGCAUAUAGAGCACCUGGCGAACCUCUCCAGCUUGGUCUUCCAGAUCUUAUCGGGACCCCCGAAGUUACACAACUAGUUGCUAAUAUAUCAGCCAUUUACAGUCCCGAGCUUCAAGUCGGAUUUACUCCCGCCUGCUGCAGUGACCAUCAGUCAUUCCACGAGCAGGGCUUCCCUGCAACCCAAGUUUUCGAACGUGCUGGUCCAAUCGCGGAUCCUAUGUAUCAUAAUAGUGGCGACUUGAGCAAUAGAGAAGGCUAUGACUUUGAGCAAUUAUACGCAAUUGCUAAAGUUCAGUUCGCUACAAUUCUUCAUACUGCUGGAUUUGAAUUGUAG